AUGCAAUUAAAUAGUUUUAGAAUAGUAUUGCUCUUGGUGUUUUCAAUUUCUAUAAUAGAUUACGUUUAUUCGUCAGAUUUCGUACCAGCUCCACCACUCUUACCAAGAAGAAAGUAUGUCGAGCAUACCAAACCAAUCUCUAUAAAUCCAAGCCAAUGGGUUGGAAAAAGAAUCGAUAAUAUUCAAGAAACUGAAAUUGAACUUACUAUUGGUAUAAAGCAAAGAAAUUUAAAUACUUUGGAGAAAAUAGUAUGGGAAGUAAGUGAUGUUAAACAUCCAAAUUAUGGAAAAUAUCUUAAUUUCAAUCAAGUGAAGUCAAUUGUUGAACCUUCGGAGGAAAGUGUUAGAAUUGUAUCGAAUUGGUUGGAGAAUAAUGGAAUUGAUAAUUUCAGACUGUCUGGUAGUGGUGAUUUUAUAAAAGGAAAAGUCAAUGUCUUGAAAGCACAGGAUCUAUUGAAAGUAGAGUAUCAGAGAUUCACCCAUGAGGAGUCAGGUCGAAUACUGAUCCGUUCUCUCGAUCCAUAUUCUGUACCCUGGGAGCUUGAGGAUCAUAUCGAUUUCAUUGGCGGAGUCAAUCAUUUCCCUUUGGUUGCGAGACUAAAUAAAAUGGAGAAUAUAAAGAAGGAACUAAACUAUGUGAGUCCGUACCUGGUAAGAAAGGUUAUGAAUGCAUCGAUAGUUCCGGCACAUGCAGCAAACUCACAGGCUAUUGCACAGUUCUUGGAGGAGUAUUUCAGCCAAUCCGAUUUGGAUUUGUUCCAGCAACACUAUCGUUUGGAUCAAAAAGCAAUCACAACUAUCCGUGGUCCAAACAGAGAGACCGAACCUGGAAUGGAGACAGCACUCGAUAUUCAGUAUAUCACUGCGAUGGCACCCAAUGUAAGCACUUGGAUAGUAUCGACUGGUGGAUUACACGAAGGACAGGAGCCAUUCUUGGAUUGGUUGGUAGAUAUGUCAUCGAACCCAGAUUUACCGUAUGUCCACAGUAUAUCCUACGGGGACGAUGAAAGUUCAAUUGAAAAGGCUUAUACCGAUAGAGUUGACAUUGAAUUCCAAAAGUAUGCUGCAAUGGGAAGAACUAUGGUAUUUUCCUCUGGUGACUCUGGUGUAGGAUGUACAAGCUCCUGUGAUUCACAUGUUCCAGGAUGGCCUGCAUCAUCAAGAUUCGUUCUCUCGGUUGGGGGUGUAGAUUGGGAUGGAACCAACAUGAAUGGUGAUGUUAUCUCUGGAGGUGGAUUUUCAAAUUAUUUCCCAAGACCACAAUACCAAGAAGAUGUUGUUUCAAAUUACCUUUCAAAAAAAGUAGAUAAAAGUUUUGAAAAAUUGUUUAACUCGUCUGGAAGAGCAUAUCCUGAUGUUUCAUCAUUCUCUGAAAGCUUAAUUAUAGCUCAUCGUGGUCGUUUAAUGUCAAUUGGAGGUACUUCUGCUUCUGCUCCAAUCAUUGCAGGUCUUUUAUCAAAUAUUAACAGUAAAAGAUUAAGUUUAGAUCAACCAACCAUUGGAUUUGUUAAUCCAUUAUUAUAUAAAAUUGCUAAAGAAAAUCCAGAAUCAUUUUAUGAUAUUAAAACUGGAUCGAAUGAAUUUCAUUGUUGUAAAGGAUUUAAAUCAUCUGACGGAUGGGAUCCAGUGACAGGUUUGGGUGUACCAAAUUUUAAUGUUCUUCUUGAUUAUAUGACAAAAUUUGAUUCAUCCUGA